CGGCGCAUCGGCCAGUCUGCGACUCAGCCUCUUCGUUCUUACGUACUUCGCAAGCUCGCUGAACCAGGUGCACGACACCUGGUGCAGCAAACGGAACCAGGUUCAGCUCGACUGAACCAACAUGCAGGAUCUGGAGCAGGGGACCCGGACGCGGACCAGCCCUGUCUACGACCGCGGCCCGCCACCUGCAGUUCGGUCCCAAGGGGCGUGGUGCAGUUACUCUGAGGACUCUGAGGAGUACUGCAAGGGAGGAGAGGUGCUCUGCCAAAAACCUCAUGGACUGCAGUCCGCCGGGACCACCACCGCCGCCUGUUGCCGGCGGACUGCAGUCCACCGGGACCAUCACCACCGCUCUUCCAAAAACCUCACGGACUGCCGGAGCUUGCUUGGGAAACUACGUAUUGUUACAGGUGGAGGGAGGGGAAUCGGACUCGCGUUGACCAAAGAGCUUGUCCGACGCGGCGCACACGUUGUCAUUGCCACCAGAUCGGCUGAGGACAUCGACAUAGAGGUCCGUGAGCAAGUCCUGCGCCAUGGAAGGAUAUGGCCGACUGACGAAGACGGAGAUGAGCUGCAGAAAGAUGGAGGAGGAGGGCGAGGAGGCAGAGGAAGUGUGGAGUUCAUCCGUCUGGACUUGUCCUCGUUCCGCAGCGUCCUUGACUUCUCCCAUAAGAUUACCUCACGUGGUGUGCACGUGGAUGUGCUCAUCAACAAUGCCGGCAUCAUGGCGCCCCCUGCACGUGUCUUGACCGAGGAUGGGCUCGAAAGUCAGCUUCAAGUCAACUAUCUUGCCCACUUCUUGUUGACUCGCCAGCUCUUGCUGAAGUUGCUGGGUCAAACGCAAGAGGAUCCUCCUGCCACUGCUGCCAGUGGAGGCCAACAGCAGAAGAGGCGGCCGUUUCGUGUGGUCAGCUUGACAUCAUCCACCCAUCACUGCGGGAAUAUCCACUUCGCGGACCUCAACUCCAUGGAGAAAUACCAUGCGUUUCAUGGUUACACUCAGUCGAAGCUGGCGGUGGAUAUCUGGACGAAGGAGCUGCAGCGCAGGUACAGGGAAUGGGGAGUGACAGCGGUAAGUGUUCAUCCAGGGCUCAUCAACACGCCCCUGGCGCGUCAGUUCUUUGAAAACGUGGUGCCCCGACGAUUCUCGGGGUUGUUACGACCCCUCUUCCCGCUGUUUCUCAAUACGACAGCACAAGCGGUGGAGACGUUGAUGUAUGCAGUCAUGGCUCCUGCAGAGGAGGUGGGAGGUGCAUACGUGGCCCAUGCACAGGUCAGCAAAUGCGGGGCAAUUUGCCAUGACCUGGAGCUGGCGGCUAAGUUAUGGAGUGUCAGCUUGUCUCUUGUGCCUAGCCCCCCCGCCUAGCUCUCUCUCUCUCUCUCUCUCUCUCUCUCUCUCUCUCUCUCUCUCUCUGUGUGUGUGUCGCCCUCAAGGAACG